AUGCAACAAGAAGAGGGAGCAAAUUGUUUUUGCUUUUAGAAAAAAAAUAAAGGAGUUCUCCCUAAAACCUUUAAAAAAACUAAUGAAAUACUUCGCAAAUAUAAAAAUAAUUUUUUAGAUGUAAAUUAUAAUACAAAAACUAGAUUUCUGAUUCUGAUAUUUUAGAAGUUAUUAUUAGAUUGUAUGUUUCAGAAGAUAAAUAAAAGGCAAUUUCGAUGUUAUCUCGUUGCCGUAUUAAUCCAAAUUUUUAAUCAAAUAAUUUAAGAGAAGAUCUUGAAUAUUUCAUACCUUAAAUGGUUAAUUUUAUGGUAUUCCAUCAAUAAUUAUCAGAUGAAAAUUUAAAAUAAUUUGUUUUAAAAGCAUCUUCAUUAGAUUUCUUUUUUGCACAUUUGGUUUAUUUUUAGAUGAAAAGCUUAUCUUAAAUUAUUACUCCUCAUGAAACAGUCACAAUUAACGUUGUUAAGAAAUUUCUUGAAUAUUUUUUAUUUUCAAUGGCACAAAAUUAUUCAGGCAAUUUAUUAAUUGCAACUCACAUUCUUUAAAUGAACUUAGAACUAAGUAACCUAAAAGAUGAUAAUUCAGAUUCAGAUGAAAAUUCUCCAAAAAAAUCAUAAUUAUAAGCUGUUUAUUAAGGAACUACUAAAUAAUAAUCAAUGAAAGUUAAUGAAGCAAUUUAAAAUUAUGGAACAGCUGAUUGGAUUAAAUAUUAGAAUUCUCAUCCUUAUGAUAAUAGAGUAAAAAACCAUAAAGAAAUAGAGCUUUAAGAUUAUGAAUCAAUAUUUAAUUUAGAAAAAAACGAAAAAACUUUAGAUACAGCAUUUUUAUCAAAUAUUUAAUUUUGGAAUGAUAUUAUGAGAAUUUGUGAUGAAUUAUCAAAAGUUCAAACUAAAAAAACAGAAGUUUUAUAAGCUUGUUUAUAAAAAAUGAAUAAAAAUUUACCUGCCUCUGUUUAUGUUCCAUUUGUAAAUAAUCAAGUAAGAAAUUAUGCCAUUUUAAAAAUUGUUCCUAAAGAAAGCAGAGUAUUUUCAACUAAAAUGAGAAGUCCCUUUAGUUUAACAUUGGAAUUAUAUAGGCCAGAAAUUGAAGGUUAAAGCAAUCAUAAAUUUAUUGAAAAAAAGAUUUCUCGUCCAAUUACUAUGAGUGUAAUAUUGUAUGUUUACAAUUUUAGUAAUACAAAUUAUUGCAAAGAACCUAGAGUUAACUAUUUAAUGAAGAUCAUUCUAUUAUAGAAAAUAGAAGAACAUUUUCAUCUACAGAUGCAUAAAAAUAAAUAUAGAAUGAUUUUUAAUAAAUCAAAUUCUUUUAAAUGAACCCUUAAGUUCAUCAUCCAGUAAUAUAAGGUACAUCUCAAUUUUAUUAUUAACAUCCAACUGAUGAAAAUGAAGAAGAAUAAAUUGAUUAAUAAAAAUUGAAACCUGAAAUAUCAUCUACUUAUUCUUUAGAAGAAAAUGUAUAAGCUUUUAGUAUAGAUGAAGAAUCAAGUAUUACACAAGAAAAAAAUGGUGAAGGGAAUUGGCUUACAAGUAUUAUUGGAAAAAAUAGCUUCAUUCAACCAAAUAGAGGUUUAGUUUUAACAACUCAAGAACAUUUAGAAAUGAAAUAAGCAAUUUUUGGUGAAAAUUCACUUGAUUAAUUUGAAAGAAUUAAAUCUUAAUCAAUUUUUUCAUAACUAUAAACCUGGAAUAUAAUUCAUUUAAUUAUAAAAACAGGUGAUAAUCUAAAAUAAGAAUAAUUUGCAUUAUAAUUAAUCUCUUAAUUUGAUUAAAUAUUUAAGAAGGAAGGUUUACCUUUAAAAUUAAGAUACUAUGAAGUUCUUUCAAUGGGUCCUGAUUGUGGUAUUAUUGAAAUGAUCAAAAAUGCAACUACUAUUGAUAGUUUAUAAAAACAUUUAAGAAAAGAAUAUACUCAAUUCAAGAAUUUUUCUGAUUUUUUUAGAAGUUUUUUUAGACAUAAAAUUGAUUAAGCCUUAGAGAAUUAUGUUUAAUCUUUAGUAGCAUAUGGAUUAGUGUGUUAUUUUUUAUAAGUUAAAGAUAGACAUAAUGGAAAUAUAUUAUUAGAUAAGGAAGGACAUUUGAUACAUAUAGAUUUUGGUUUCUUUUUAUCUAUAGCUCCAGGUAAAGGUGUGGAAUUUGAAAAAAAUGUACCAUUUAAAUUAUUAUCUGAUUAUAUUGAAGUUUUAGGAGGAGUAUAAGGGAAUCUAUUUAAAGAAAAUUUUAGAAAAUUAUUUUUUUAGUAUUAAAUUAUUUAAAAUUUUAGAGGAUUUAAAGCAUGUUAAAAACAUUAAAAGGAAAUUCUACUUCUUGCUGAAAUGAUGUAUACAGGACAUGGAACAACUCUACCUUGUUUUUCAAAGGGAGAAUAAACUUUAAAAGAAUUAUAAUUAAGAUUUAAUCCAAAAGUAUAGUCAUCAGCUGAAUUAUAUGUUCAUGUAUAAGAACUUAUUGAUAAAUCAUUGGAUAAUUGGAGAGCUAGAUGGUAUAUAAUAAAAAAUAUUUUAGGUAUGAUAAAUUUUAGUAUUUUGCAUAAGGAAUAUUUUAUUGA